GAUGCGGCAGGAAUUGACGCAGCGUUGAAAGCUUCGAAGCCGUGGUUAUCUUGUCCGAUGGCUGGACAAGAAUCUAUUUUCAUGGUUUCUAUUGACGGCGGCUCUACACACCUCAAACAACUUUCGUAUCCAACGCCGGAUCUCUUCAUGCAAAUGACCGAUUUUAGUCAGAAUGAGAUGCAACAAUUAACCAAGAAAAUAAUUCUGAAUAUGUGUGAUUGUCAGAGAUUACCGGAUGGAAGCUUACCGGCAGGUUGUGUACUCCCAAGUCCAAGGCCCACUACACCAGUACCUAUAACCACCCCCAAAGUUCCGAUAAGUAAGUUGAAUUUCCAACAUUCAGCUGCUUAA